AUGGAUUCUACAGACAGUUUAAGCAAAAUCGGAGGUAAUUUUGAAUUCGAAGAAUUGGAAAUCACCGAGUAUGAUGGUGCAGUUCUAAGGGAUUUACUCCAAGAGACAGAAAUUGAGAUUGGUGAUGAUAGAUUCGACAUUGAAUUAGAAUCAAUGGAGGUGAAGAAUGAUAUCAAGGUGAGAGUAGAUAGGCAUGACUUCUUGGAGCACAACUAUACUGCCCUCCAGGAAGUCGAGGCUAUGAUGGAGAUGAAUUCGGCGUUCCCUGACGAAGAAAUGAUGCCACGGUACGUAGAUGACAUUGCUGCGAUGGUUGAUUUCGGUUGCAUUGGAGAUGCUUCACAGUUCUCCGAUGAAGAGUUUUUUUAUGGAAGCUUGUGGCAGGAUUAA